AUGGGUACACCAGCGACGCGACCCGAGCUUGAAUGGCUUUUUCCCAAAGAGGUGACGACGUCGGCUUCAGCUGUUCUCCAGAAGAAUCCCGGUGAGGUGUCGCUGAAUUUUCUCGCCGAACACUCGCUGGCACUGAUCGCCGCCCUAUUCCUCAUCGUACUAUCAGUCGCCUUGAUCGCCGUGCUCGUUCAGUACCAUUGCCAAAAGUCGGGAUCACCUCAGCCAAUCGCACAUACACCAAGUCAAUGGACCACGUGCAGUACUGUUUCUUCGACAUACUCGACUCAGAGUCUUUUGCAAUUGAUCAGCUCUGAUUUACGACAAUCCUUGCAAGGCCUACUUCUGCCCUCCGAAGCGGUCGUCUUGGAGACUAUUGUUGGAAAAGGUUACUUCGGAAAUGUGUAUCGUGGUCGUAUGCGUGAUCCUGCUGGUCGGCUCAUCCCGGUUGCCGUAAAAACAUUGAAAGGCGAGCGAGCUCGCGAUAUUGCACACAUCGAGAAAUUUCUGCGCGAGGGGAUCGUCAUGAAGCAUCUCGACCAUCCGCACGUGCUCUCGCUUCUCGGCAUCUCGAUCUCGCCGGCCGGUAAUCCGUGGGUGGUGCUCCCUUAUAUGGAAGGCGGCGAUCUGAAGACAUUCAUCGCCGAUCCGAAUCGCGCACUCUGUGUUCUCGAGCUUCUUGAUUUCGCGCAUCAAGUCGCUCAAGGGAUGAGCUAUCUCGCCGCCCAACAUUUUGUGCAUCGCGAUUUGGCGGCACGCAAUUGCAUGAUCUCUUCGGAUCGCAUUGUCAAAGUUGCGGAUUUCGGACUUGCCGUUGAUCUACUUGACAAGGAGUCAUACAUCGAUGAAUCCGAAACUGGACCCGCUCGACUCCCUCUGAAAUGGCUUGCACCUGAAAGCCUUCGUGAUCGGCGUGUGUUCAAUGCGGCAACUGAUGUGUGGUCGUUCGGCGUUUUGAUGUGGGAAUUACUUACGCGUGCUGCGUCCCCGUAUGGAGAAGUUUCGAAUGCCAAAGUGCGGCAUUAUCUCGAGACUGGAAUGCGAUUACCACAGCCAACACAUUGUCCCGAUAUGGUGUAUGACUUGAUGCAAUGCUGCUGGCGAGCGAAUCCUGACGAUCGACCGGAUUUCGUGUUCCUGGCUCACCGAUUAAGGGCAAUUUUACAGGAACAUUCUCCGGAUCCAUUCACCCGCCGUGUUCGACCUGGUUCCGAGCAAUUCCUGCUUCCAGUCCUUCCCGGCCGUCUUUUCACUAAUUAUUUUGCUGCUCAAAUGCACUAA